CUUGGCGGGAGGAGAUGGCGGUGCGGCAGCGGCUGCAAAAGCUGUUCCAGGAGCCGCAGCUCUCCGGGGCCAUUGUGCUGGAGCGGGCGCCUGCCCCCGCCGCUACCGCCUGGGCCUCGCUGUCCGUGCCGCCGCCGCCGCCAUCGCCGCCGUCGCCGCCGUCGUCUUCCUUGCCGCCGGCCGCGGAGCCAGCAUCGCCGCCGCGGCGGCAGGGUCCGCUGCCGGAGGAGUGCGCCGUGUUCCACUGCCGUAGCUGCUGGACGGUGCUGGGGGACUCGCUGCAGCUGUGCGGGCAGGAGCCGUCGGAGCUCAGCAUCCUCGUCUGCUUCAGUCAGUGCCUCGUCGGGCCGGCGGAAGUCACCAGCGAUGUGACCUGGGAGGACUCGCUGCUGAUCGGCCUCGAGGGAGCUCUCCUGGGAUGUGCUUAUUAUUUAUUAUUGUGUCGGUCUUGUGGCUUGGCCGUGGGCUUCAUUCUUUAUUCUUCUGGCAGUGACCUGGCACAUCUCCGGGACUUGUUCUGUUUCUUCAAGGACAGCAUCAUGUGUUACCUCUUAAAAAAUCAAAUGAUUAUAGAAGCUUCUAAGGUGAAUUUUCCAGCUGUGACCUUAAAGGAAAACAUGCAGAAAAUGAAAGAAAAGCUUGUGGAGUUAAGUGGUCGUGUAGAAUUAUUGACUAGGAAGCUGGAUAAAAUAAUUAUGUAACAGAAGAAUGGCAAAACUCUUCAACAGAUCCUUACUGAUGACUUACUAUCAGGAUGUGCAAGAGUUAAUGCCAACCAAUACCCAUUUUCAAGAACUGCUGGAGUUGUUUCUGCAUCUCUGCUGAGUUUGGUCAUUACAAAGAAAUAAUGCACCAGACCAGGUGUGAGUAUUGAUCUGUCACUUUACUGUGUGUGGAAAGAACUGACGAUGAAGUGCCUCCCUUCAGGAGGAGAAUCUGACACACUGAAGUUAAGCUUGGAAGACUGAAUAGCUCACCCAUGCAGCAUGUUACUCUCUGAGGCUCUGUAAAUAUAACUUUGGUUUUUCUAAUGACUUCAAGGGGAAAACCAGCCUUUGAAAUACUGAAGUCAGGUUUCUGGAGCUAUGCAAAAUAUACUUAACAAGGUGAUGCUAUUCAAGAGCCACCAUUACAAACUGAACAUUCUUAAAAACCUGAAGCUCUUGUCCUGCCUUUUAAUACAGACACAUUGUUAAUGGCAGCCUUGGUUUUAAUGGCAGCUACAUUUUGGUCAAGUGGCUCAUUAGCUACAUCUGAUAUGUGAGCCACUGCUAAAUGGACUCCUGAAUAGUUCUGAGAUUUGCUUGUAUGCCUUGCCUGCAAAAGCAGCAGACAAGCACGUCACAGAUGCUGCAAUGUUCUUAGAGCAUGAGUCUGGAUGGCACCAUGGAUGCAGAGCACAAGGUUUUGAAUUUCAGGUAAAGGGCAACCCACGUGCCUUCCACGUCUGCUGAAGUGCAGCCCCAGGAACAUGACUGAGUCAAAUUUUGCCAGCUACGGCUGUGAGCAACUGAACAUUUCUUUCUGGAAUGUUAACUAUGAAACCAAGGAACAGUCUUCUACACAAUCGUGGAAGCACUGCUUUCCCGAAGUUAUGAUUGCCUGGCCAGUUAGGAUGUUUCAUUCAAAAUACCUACUCAUGGCUCAUUGGCAUCGCUCUCUGUUGAAAAUUGGUUCUACUUAUUUCCAAAUAUUUAGAAAAUAAUUUUACAGAAAAGAAAGCACUACUUACCCUUUUUUACUGGGACAGAAUAUCCCUAAUUCUUGUUUUUGGAAGAUUAAGGUCCCUUUUCCUCUCCCCUUUGCUGCCUAAAGGACUAAUGUUUUUUCCAAAAGGGAUAAUAAAUUUAUGGAAAGUUAGUAGUUUGCUGUAGUAGUCUAGAGAGGAUUCUAUUUACUUGAUCAGCUUAAUUCCAGUGAUGCAAAUUGCAUUCUCCUUCCAUGUAUAUCACCAGCAGGUUGCAGACCUCGUUGCUGCUGCUGCCAGUUCUGUGUUUUGUCUUAUUUGUAAAAUAACUCUGCUUGGAGCAGAGGGGACAAAACUCACUGAGAUAAGGCACCUCAGAGGUUUUAGGUGGGCAGCUGGUACUUAGGCUGCUACUAAUGCUCACUGUGCUGCCUUCUGUUUGGGAGUUCUUAUGGUCUCAGUUCAUUGUCAUAAGCACAACCAUAGAGUAUCAACAGUUGUUCUGCAAGGAGAGGAGGGACUCUCACAAAUUCUAAUACCACCUAUGUAGUACUUCCUUAGUGCUUGUGUAAUUGCAUGAGUCUAAGAAAUAGGAUUGAUAAUGGGACUGUUUGCUUUUGCUCUUUCAUUCUAGUUUCUGCAUUGAGACUGUUUCUUGCUAUUUUAUGUCUGUAUUAUGAAUAAUGUAAAAUUGUUUUGCUUCAUUAGUACUGAUCCCUAAAAGAAAAAGAAAGCUGUCAGUUACAUUUUUGUAUUAUAUUUAAAGUUGUGAAGAAAGAACUUCGUAAAUAAAAGCUGAAACUCAGAAAUUCCUAUGGUCUAAAUCACUGCCACUAUUAUGUGAGUCCUAGGCCUCCUUCUUUUCCUUUGAUUAUUUUGCAGAAAAAACCCAUCACUUUAUCUUGCUUGGAUCCUCAUUUGUUAUGAAGCAUUAAAGUAUUGGUUCCACAAAUUGUAUUACAUAGCAUGGAUUUAAAUAAAUAAUGAGUAUGUGCUGACGAAUAGCAGGUAAAUUUUUAAACUGCAUUUCUGUAAUCUUUGAAACUGGGAAGACCUCCACCAACCACAGAAGAAAUUUUUUGGAAGUGCAGUCACCGAAACAAUAAACAAUACGUCCAUAAAACAGUUUUCUGAGGGGCCUUGUUACUUUUAGGCAAUGAAUACAAGAAGCAGAGAAUUGAAGGGAUCAAAGUUAUGCAUCUUAGAAUGAGUGGAAUAACAAUUUUUGUUUAGCUGCUGUUUAAGUCAGAAGCUCUGGUGCAUGAAGUGCACAAGAGCUUGUGCAUGCUGGGACAGGUGGCCCCAAAGCAGAUAUCCAGCAUAUAUGAAUUCAGCCUGAGUUGUUAAGUUUUGACAAAGCUACAGCAAGUAGACCUCAGAAGUGGAGUGGAAUGUACAGUAAUUUGGUUAAUUUGUCUUCUGAACAGAUGACACAUCCAGUUUUAGUGCAUUCUCAGCCUGUGCUGCUUUAUUGCUAAAAAAGUUUGUAUACAGGUGCAGAGUUUCCAGGUUCAUUUUUAAACAGUUCCUCUUUACAGUGUCAAAAGAAUAAAAUCUUAUCUUGAAAUCCUCAAAGAUGCAUAGAUAUAAAAGCAAGCUGCCUUUUGGAGAAAAUCAGAAUUUGCAGGGAGACAUUCUUUCACUGUUACCAUGUAAAACGUGUGCAAUGGGAGUACAUAGUCUGUAGUCACACCAAUAAUUUCCUCCACUAAUCCAUGCAAGAAUGCUAUCAGAAGUUCAGUAUAAGUAUUCUUUAGCCUAUUAAGUACUAAGGUAAUUUUUAGGAAUUUAUACCUAAUAUUUUUCCUUUGCUGUUAUAUUUUUCAAAAGGAAAAUAACUUCACUGAUAUUCUGAAGUAGCUUUUCCCCAAGUUAUACUGAAGGGAAAUACAAAGAAUACAAUGGCUUACUCAUUACAAUACUUAACAGACUUUAAAACCAUGCAUAGUGUUCUAAAGAAUUAAAAGUUACCAUGGUUAACCACUGGGCUAACUUUGCCUUAGAAAUUUUCUUGUUUCUUGAAGAAGUUGGCUCAAAGACUUUCAUUCAAUCCAACUUUUGAUACCAUGGAAUAGUUAUCUUCUAAUAUUCAUAUCUUCAUUUGGCAAUCCUUACAUAUUUAAAAAGAGCAUUCAUAGGUAAAACCACACUUCCCAUUCUAAACCCAAAACACAGUGCUUUAUGAAUGGUUGGCUACGAAGUAUGAACAGGAGUUAACUUGACACACCUUUUCUUCCUCCAAGACACUUCUUUCUACUUAGAGAGGACUGAGCCUCUGUACAUGGAGAAGUGUUCUGCACAAGUUAAGCCCACUUACAAAAUUAAGCUAAGCUACAAGUAUGGAAUUCUGCAAUUACAAGCCAGUAUUCUAUAUGUUUAAUUACAAGUUUAAACUUGGAAAAGUAUUAGAGAUGUAGGCUAUGCCACAUAUUCUCUUAUUUUCAAACUGCCAGCAGAAAUUGACUGUAUUAUCCACUAAGAGACUUGAAUUACAGAGAACACACUAAGAGUUUACAGAAAGAUGGCACCCAAAUUCCCUUUUAUCUAGUAAGUGAAAUAAAGAAAAAAAGACAAUUGCAACCUCUGUUGCAGAAGAUAAAGACCUUCAGUGAUCAAAUCUCAUUUUCUGUUUUUAAAAAUCUCUUUAAAGAACUUAAAAAAUAUACAAGGUUACCAGUAUUUUCAGGUUCAUUCCUGCAGAUGCCAUUAUUGCUGGCUGGUACCAGUAUGCUUCAGUACAGCUGCCUAUGUGGCUAGAGUUACCUGAAAAUACUGUCUCUUAAAAAGCUAUUCAACACCUGAAAAAUAUGUACUGUGCUUAUUAAUUUCAGUAUUCUCCAAAUAAUUUCUCUCACCACACUCAAGCUUAUUACCUACUGUCUGGCAAAUACUACACUCAAUUUGAGUCUGUGGUUCCUGUUACUCAUUUGUCAGCUUGGGUUUUGGGGUGAUUUUUUUGUGGGUUUGAUUUUUUUCCUUCCCACCAGUCGCUCCCCUGCACCAUGUAAGAAACUCUGCACCCUUUUCCUUGCUACAGCUGCAGCAGGUGAGAAACCUCAUCUCGCCUCUAAACAUGCUUAGUUCAUGCCCUGCUGUUUACAUGCUCAGGACAGUGAUAUGAACCAGACUAGAGGUUAUAAAGGCGAGUUCUGCUGAUUCCGGUUCCCGAUUUACAGUUUUGGUGCCAUGCUUCUGUCCCUAUCUAUACAUUCUGCCCCCUUCUCUACAGAGGCAGCACAUUCUCUAAAAAAACCCAAAAUCAAAGCAGGAAGUUCAAGCUAUUGGUAUAUUAAUUCCUAUUGCUUCAUUAUGUAUAAAUGCAUAUCUCAAUUUACUGGUAAUAACUACAUUACACUAGACAUUUUGAAUCAUGCAUAAUUAGAAUACUAGCUCUAAGAUUUGGUUUGUGGGCCUGUGCCGCUUUCCUUCAGUUUCUCCAUGCAGUUCUUCAUGCCUAAGGCAUUACAAACUACCUGCCUUUUAUUUGACCUGCAAACACACUCAUUUGGAGGGGAAGUGGAGAGAAGCAGACAGGAUUUACAUAGGACACACUGAACAGAAAGUUACCUUCUGUCUUUAACUUUAGAUGGGGUAAAAGUCUUGCAAGUUUGUCUGUAUUAUAACCCGGUACAUAGGCUCAGAGACAGAAAUAUGCUCUGCUGACAUCAUGAACACUGACACUUUCUCUAAAAUGCAGGAGGAAGUGUAGAGAUUGAAAGGGAACAGACAUCAGAAACCAUGGUUAGUGCUCUGCACUGUUGAACAAGACACCCUGAUUCAACUGUUGGCUUUUGUGCGCCAGUCAAAGUGCUACAGGGGCAAAAUGCUGGAUCGUUCCAUGAAAGAAAUCCAAUGGAAUCUAACUUGAAUUGUCAUUUUGAAGCUCUGUACCUGAUCAGCAAGCAGGAAUAUUAGUUUUGGAGGAAGACCAGCCAGUUUCCUAAGGAUGCAAGAAGCACUAAUUUCUAAGAUUUGUUAUACAUCAAAAAUAGUUCUAUCUUCAAUAUUUUUUCCUUUUCUGCCCCCCAAAAAGCCAGACUGCCAGUUCCUGACAAUGUAAUCCUCAUGUGAAGUGUCAGUAUCCUCAAGCUCAGUACAAUUUCUUCCGACUUACUAUCAAGAAGUCUUUGCAAGACUUUAUUUUUUCUAUAAAUUUGACAAAUACCCUCAGUUUCAGAAGGUACAAUUCCCAACACAAGUACUGGCUAGACCUUCUGCAGCAGCACUACUGGAUAUACAAACAGAACAUAUUUGUAUCAUCUGCGUUUAGUACUGCUAAAGGAGGCAUGUCCAUACUGGUCAUUAUACCUUUUGAUAUACCACACUCAAGAGUGGUAGCACCUGACACUUCCACUUCAGUUUAGAAGCUGUUAAAGCAAGGAGGUUGAAGCAAAAGUCAUGCCAUAGUACAAGAGCUGAAAGGCAAAGGGAUUUCUUUUCUUGCUGUGAAUAGUAAUUCCUAGUCAGCAACCCACAGAAUUCAGAUCCUUACUAAAAGCCUGAACUGGGAAAUAUAUGUAGAUAGCUUGCCUGGCUACAUCAGUCUUUAUUUCCUCCCCUCUGUUCUGAGUGGAUAUACCCUUGAAGAAUUCUGUUCAG